AUGGAGAAGUUUGGCAUGAACUUUGGAGGUGGCCCCAGUAAAAAAGAUCUUCUGGAGACUAUUGAGUCACAGAAGAAGCAGCUGCUUCAGUACCAGGUUCGGCUGAAGGAUGUUGUCAGAGCCUACAAGAGCCUCCUGAAGGAGAAGGAAGCCUUGGAAGCCAGCUUGAAAGUGUUGUCGGUGUCUCACGAGGCAGAUCUUGGCUUGAGUGGAGCUCAGCCUGUGCCGAGCUCCAGCUCCUCCUUUGCCGAUUCUGCCGAUGACAGGAGCUCGGUUCACAGCGAGGACAGCGUGGGGACAGCUACCAGUGCCGACACUGCUGCCAGUCUGGCCAGUACCAAGGGCGAAGCAGGGCCUGAGGAUGACAAGUCUGUGGCGGCCGCUUCCUCUCUUAAAUCAGAAGAGACGAGUGGUUCGGAGAGCGGCGUCAGCACGAGCAGCGGGGAUGUGUCAGCUGGCGAGGCUGAUAAGAGAGUGCUCCAGCUGAAGACUCAGCUGGCCACCUUGACCACUGCUCUGUCCACAGUCACGCAGGAGAAGUCCCGCAUGGAAGCCUCCUACCAAGCAGACAAGAAGAAGAUGAAGCAGGACCUGGAUGACGCCAUGAAGAAAGCAGAGGACGAGACUGAGAAGUUGGAGACGGAGCUGAAGUCUGUCCAGGAACAGCUAGCUGAGACCAAAGCUCGUCUGAUCACGCAGCAGCACGACCGAGCCCAGGAGCAGGGUGACCACGCUGUCAUGCUGCGAGAGCUGCAGAAGCUGCUGCAGAACGAGAGGACUUUGCGGCAGGACGCGGAGCUGAAGCUGGAGGAGACCAGGGAGGUGUUGGCCGGGAGAGCGUGUGUGGCCGACCGCGCCGAGGGGUACGAGCUGCAGAUCAAGCAGCUGAGCCAGGAGGUGGAAGACCUGAAGAAAGAGCUUCAGGCUGUGCAGGAGGAGAACAAGCAGCCGGAUCCCCGCAUACAGGAUCUGCAGGAGGAGAUGGCCAGCCUGAAGAACCACUUCCAAGUGCAGCUGUUGCAAGAAAUGAAGAAGACAGCGCAGGCAGAGGAGCAGCUCCGCCAGCACGCCCAGAUGGAGGAGCGGCGCGUGGCCGACCUGGAGGGACAAGUCUCCGAAGUGUCGGAACUGCUCGGCACUUACGAAAAAGCCAAGCAGAAGGACCAAGCGGUCAUUCAGAAGCUCAAGGACCGCAUCGUCCAGUUGGACCUGGAGAACAAAACCCUGGCCAUCGCCGCCUCCAGCCGAUCCCCUGUCGAUAUGCACGUGGAAGAAGCCAAUCUUGAUGUUAAUGUUCUGAAGGAUAAGAUGGAGAAGCUGAAGAAGCUCUUGCAGGCGGCAGCAAAGAAGAGCCAGCCCGCUCUGGACAUUGAGAAGCUGUGUGAGCUGGAGCUGCCCAAGGGCACCGAGGCUGGGGACGGCGAGAAGGCCACCGCUCUGUACUACCAGCAGGAGCUGAAGCAGCUGAAGGAAGAGUUUGAAAGGUACAAGAUGAGGGCUCAAGUGGUUCUCAAGAACAAGUCGGCCAAAGACGGUAAUGUGGCUAAAGAACUGGAGGAAGCUCAGGAGCAGCUGGCUGACCUGAAAGAGAAAUACGUCGUGCUUCAGCUGUCCGCUGACGAGAUGGAGAAGCAGCACCAGCAAGCCAUGGAAGCCAAGAGGCAAGAGCUGUCGCAGCUGCAGCAGGUCCACAGGCAGGAAUUGGAGCGCUGCCAGCUGGAGUACAGGGAACGGGCUCUGAAGCUGGAGGAGGAGAUGCACAAGCAGCGGGACCGAGCGCUGGCGGUGCUGGCAGAGAAGGACCAAGAGCUGGAGCAGCUGAGAUCCAUCGCAUUGCCUUACGGGCUUCAAGGACCCAAAAACUACCUCGCGUCAGGGACCGACACUGCAAGCAACAGCUCCCCAGGUAACGAUUCCUCCGAGAUUCUCCCCCAGGCUCUUCAUCUCUCCGCCACCAGCGAGCCCACCUUCUUCUUGUAUGCGGAGCAGCUGGCUCGCAAAGAAGUGGAAAUUGCGGCGCUGAGGAAGCAGAAGCACAAGCUGGAAAUGCAAGUUCACCAGCUGCAGGAGAAAAUCUUGGUUGAAGAAGAGAAGCACCAGGAAGAGGUAUCCGCUCUUCAGAGCGAAAUCGAGAAGAACUUCAGAGACAAGAGCAGGGAGGGAGCCAACCUGGAAUACCUCAAAAACAUUGUCUAUAGAUUUUUGACACUGCCAGAUUCUCUGGGGCGCCAGCAGACUCUCACUGCCAUACUGACUAUUCUGCAUUUCAGCCCUGAAGAGAAGCAAGCUGUGACAAAACAGUCGGCUUACAGCAGCUGGUGGCUUUCUGGGAAGAGAUGAGG